ACAGGCUUUGAUAAAUCUCCCCCAAUGUUUCCAAACCAGGGCGCCUCCAGCUAUUCCAAAACUACAAUUCCCAGCAUGCCCAGACAGCUAAAGGGACUGACUGAGAGACGCACCAGGCAUACAGGCGCAUGACACUCACACAGCAGUGCGGUCGUGGUCAAGCCAGUCUUCCGGAUGAUUUAAUUCAGAUUGGAAAAGAUAUCAAGAGUGUAACCCAGAUCGAGCAGAAUGGAAAUCACUUUGUGGUGACGGUGACUACGGGCCCCAAGGUCCUGCGUAAUGAAUUCAACAUCGGGGAAGAGACAGAACUUGAAACCCUUACGGAAGAGAAAAUCAGGAGCACGGUUAAUAUUGUGGACGGCAAGCUGGUUGUGAAACUGAAGUCCGUCACUUCCGUCACAGAACUUUCAGGGGAUCUCCUCAUCAAUGUCAUGACUGUGAAAGACAUUGUCUACAAGAGAGUGAGCAAGAAGGUCGCAUAGAUGAGGAUGCUGUUAUUACUUUUACUAUGUAAAAUAAACUCCUAUAAUAUGAAAA